UUCACACCAGUUUCAGGGCAGUGGUUAGCAGCUCAGUGUGAAUCUAGCGGCCGCAGGUUAACUGUGUGUUUACCCUCCUCCCCUCCUCGGGCUGAGUUACGCCCCGCGGCUCUAUUUUAAAUCUGCGGCUCUGGUGACACUUGGCAGCCGGAGAGGCUGCACUCACCACCGCGGUCAGAAGAACCCCGAGCCCCGGUACUCCAGGAGCUGCCAUGUCUUAUGAGGACGCCUCGCCGGGCAUUGAGCGCAGGCGGAGGAAGCGCUGCCUGCUGCUGGGGGUCGCGGUGGUGCUGCUGACCGUCACCGUGCUCGCCGUGGUUCUGGGGCUGACCCUGGAAGCCGCUAAAAACCCGGAGGAAGAGUUAAAGAGCACCGUGGUCGGGAGAUGUGAGACUUAUCUGAAAGAGCAUAGCGAUAUAUCGAGCGUGAACAACUGUGAAAGAAUCUGGGACACAUUUCAUCAGGCCUACGUUGGGAAAGAUCCAUGUGACGUUCCUCCUGAGGCAUAUGACCCUCUAAUAAAAUCCAUUACACAGCAUGUGGCUUGUAGUAGGAUGUUGUUUUGGAGCAGAACUAAGGAUAUGGUGCAUGCAUUCACGGACAAAAGGGAAUGUCUGUUCACUGUGGAGGACACACUGCUCGGGUUCUUGUUUGAUGAACUGACUUGGUGCAGCAAAAUCGACAGCAAAGAAACCUUCACUACAGAUUGUCCUGGCUGGGGAGACUGUGAGAACAACACAGUCCGCUCUUUCUGGAUCAGGGCUUCUCUUAACUUUGCAGUCACAGCAUGCGGAAAUGUCUCUGCAAUGCUCAAUGGAUCAUUGGAAUCCCCAUUUAGCACCACCAGUGUAUUUGGCAGCGUAGAAGUGAAGAACCUGGACCCUGAUAAAGUGGAUAGUUUGACGGUGUUACUCGUUGCCAAAGAAACGGACCCGUCCACAUGUGAAAGUCCUUCAUUCCAGGACCUAAAAAGCACGUUGAAUCCUAACAUUGCGUACAACUGCAGACAAGUUCCUUAUAACAGAGUUGAAGGCUGCAUUUCUGAUCCAGAGAUUCCAUGUGUUGACUGCCUAUGAGAGUCCACUCAGCAUUUGAUGAAGACUCAGGACCCCCAGGCCAGUCUCAAGUGUCACAGAAGAAGAUCAUCUGUAAAUAAAAAGACACUCUACAUCAAACAGACCUUUACUAGAGAAGACUUUAAAUCAGGGCAAUGUGGUCAGCAGCAGAAGGGCAUGACUAAGUUCAGACUAUUGGGCUAUAGUCACAAAUGAGGGAUAAAAACAUACUCACUUUCAGAAUACUAUAUAUGGACACACAAAUAACUUUUACUCAAACAACUUAAAUGUUGUGCUUUAUAUGGACAAAUGUAUUGACACAUCUCUUAAACAUUGAAUUUAGUUUUAUUUAGUCCCAUUUAAGUCACAUAUAUAUAAACUAAGAAACUUAGCUAUGCAGUCUGCCUUUAAAAAAAGCAAAUGUGUAGCCAGUUUAAAACGGAAUAUUUUUUUCCUUUUUUUUAAUCAGCCCUCAUUUUGGAUUUAGUUAGCCCUGCUGACUGCAGUUGUGCCCCUGAACACUAGCGCAACAAUCAUGCAAGAGAAUAUCUGCACUGACUUUACUUACAGUAAAUGUGACUGUCGUUUGUUUGUAUCUUGUGUUAAUUCUGAAAGUACUGUAAAAGCAACAUAAUAUAGUCUUAAAUUGCAAAAUUAGUCGUUUUUAUAUAGUACAAUUAUAAAGUCUGAGCCAGCUUCUUUUUAAAACGUUAUAAAAAUUUUGUAUAACCUAUUAUUAUUAUUACUACAGAAAAAUGCAUUUUAAAACGGACAUAUAUUAAGACAAUUAUGUAAAACAAUAUAGAAACCUAGAAACCUUCACUGCCAAUCAGAACAAAAAUAAAUGCAUAGAGUUGAAAGAAUAGAGCAAUAAAGUACAUAAAAUGUUUCUGUUUUUUUACAAUUUGCCAUUAUUUGGGCAGUCAUUUUAAUUAUAUUUGUAUUCUUUUAUAAUACAUUAGUUAUUUUUGUAACAAUGAAAUAAUAAUCAUUUUACAGGUGAGAAUGACAUCAUUGGUUUAGUAACAGAGAUAAUGGUGAAUAUAUACACUGUGUUUGUUAUUGUGGGCAUUUGUGUCUUUUAAAGGCGUCUAAUGUGACAGUAGAUCUGACUAAAAAACCUUGUAAAGCCUUCAACUGUGAAAGAGCACUGCACUGAAAUCAAUAUUUUGUGGAAUAACCCUGAUUUUAAACCACAGUUUUCCUCUUGACAUGUUCUUCUCCACCAGUCUUACACACUGCAUUUGGAAGGCUUUGUCUCUCCUGGUGCAAAAAUUCAAGCAGUUCAGAUUGGUUUGAUGGCUUGUGAUCAUCAAUCUUUCUCUUGAUUAUAUUCCAGAGGUUUUCAAUUUGGUAAAAUAAAAUUAAAACAUCAUCAUUUUUAAGUGGUCUCUUAUUUUUUUCCCAGAGCUGUAUGUUGUUGUUUUUUUCUUUGGAUUUUGGCCAGAAUGUUCUUUUAUUGUAAUCCCAGGUAAUUGAAUAUAUGCUAAUAUGCUGAGAAGUUUGUUUUUAUGUCUUUGUUUGAAAUGUUGUUUGAAUAAUAUUUUUUUAACAUGCUGUGUGUUGAGUUUAACCUGUAAAUAAAGAAUAUUUUCCACUA